AUGGUUGCCGUUUCUUUCAAGUCUAUACCUGCACUUAACAAGGGGAAGAUCGUGCCUGCGGGCGAAAUUCUCAACGGUAACGGCGUCGCGCAGCACGCGUUAUUCGCGAGCCGCAACUUAAGAGGUGACCACGCCGGAGUAUUCAUCGCAGGUUCCGGUGACGAUCUGGGAUUGGACGGAGAUCUACCGCCGCCACAAACGGCGGAAAUCGCGAAGAAUGGGGAUGGAUUGUGGAGGAAGGGGAAAGUGAAUGGGCUGCCGAGGAGGGAGCUUGGAGAUAGUGUGUUGAUGGAAAAAAACAUGAAGGGGGAAAUGAGAGGUAAUUUGGACGAGGAGGGGAGGGGAAGCAGAGGCCGUACAGGGAGAAGUAAUAUGGAGGGAGAGGACGAAUACAGAGAAGGGGAGAAUGAAGGAGUUCAUGCUGGGGAGGAGAAGCCUAAGGGCCCGAGAGGUGAGAGAGGUGGAGGUGAAGGGGAUGUUGAGCUACGGAGGAGGAUCCGGAAGGACGAGGAGGAGGAGGAAGCAGGGAGCGAGCGAGCGGGAGAGAGAGGGGAGGAGGAUGAAGUCGAGGGAGUUGGGAAAAGAAAAAGCGUGCGGGCUGAUUCAGUUGGGGACGAUGAGGAUCAGGGAGAGCAAACGGGGGAGAAGAUGCGUGGAGAGGAGAGAAGGCGACACGUGGGCUCAGAGGAGAAGAGGGAAGAUGAAGAGGACUUGGAGGGCGCGGAAGGUGAAGGGGAGGGGGAGGGAGGAGGAGGGCAUAGAAGGAAAAGGAGCCGUAUUGCGGACGAGGCGGUGGAAGGGGGGAACGGAGACGCGGAGCAUGAGGAGCAUGAGGGAGGGGGGGAUGAGGAGAACGGGACGGGUAUGAAGGGAACUGGCGGCAGAGAGCGCGGGAGUGGUGGCAGUGAGGAGGAGGAAGGAGGAGGGUCGGCAGUUGAGUCGAAAGAGGAACGAGACGGGGAGGGGAAGCAUGGGCGAGGGGAAGGGGAGGAGGUUGGUGAGCAGAGGGCAGCAGGAGAGGAGCACGAGGAUGGAGAGAGGGGGCAUGAGGAGGGGGCGAAGGAGCGUGGGCAUAGAGGAAUGGAGGAUCAGGAAUAUGGUGACGAGGAGCGAGGAGGACACGAGCAUCAUACAGACGAGGGGCGGCAUGAGGAGGGGGCGAAGGAGCAUGAGGAGACGAAGGAGCGUGGGCAUAGAGGAACGGAGGAUCAGGAAUACGGUGACGAGGAUCGAGGGGGACACGAGCAGCAUACAGACGAGGGGAGGCAUGAAGACGGGAAUGAAGAGAGCGGAACUCCUCUUACAUCCUCCCUGGUCUCCCCACUUUCUCCUUUCAAUGACUACUCUCAGUCGUCCUCCUCCGUCCCUCUGCCCCCAUUCGGAUUCAACGCCACUCUCUUUCACGCGCCCCCGAUACCCGUUAGAGAAAAAUUCCUUUGGAGAGCCCCCAAGAGCCAUAAAUAUGCGCAGUGCAUUGCACGCUCCCGCACCCAUAAAGUGCCCGUCAAGGGCUCCACCAACGGCUAUCUGCUGGUCACAGCCAAUGGGGGCCUCAACCAGAUGAGAGCUGCCAUCUGUGACAUGGUGGCUGUAGCUCGCAUCAUGAAUGUCACUCUCGUGGUUCCCGAGCUCGACCACACCUCCUUCUGGGCUGACCCCAGCGAGUUUGAGGAUAUAUUCGACCUGGAUCAUUUCAUCUCCUCGCUCAAGAAGGACAUUCGGAUUGUGCGCCUGCUGCCCAAGCGCGUGCAACACAUUGAGCCUCUCGAGAAGUUCCCCGUCUCCUGGUCUCCGUUCUCCUACUACCGAGAGGACCUGCUGCCACGGGUCAAGAAGCACCGGGUGAUGCGCUUCCCUCUGACCGACUCGCGCCUCGCCAACAACGGCGUGCCGGACUCAAUCCAACGGCUGCGGUGCCGCGCCAACUACAAGUCUCUGCGCUACACGCCGUCGAUCUCGCAGAUUGCGGCGAAUCUGAUCUCGAGAUUGCACGCGAGGGGGCCGUACAUUGCGCUGCACUUGAGAUAUGAGAAGGACAUGUUGGCGUUCACAGGAUGCGAUCACGGGUUGCAGGCAUCCGAGAGGGAGGAAUUGAAGGCCAUGCGGCUCAACAACUCAAGGUGGAAGGAGAAGGAGAUCGACGGGGAGGCGCGGAGAACGGAGGGGGCGUGCCCGCUCACCCCACGGGAGACGGCGCUUUUCCUGCGCGCCAUGGGGUAUCCGAAUAAAACGCUCAUUUAUGUGGCAGCUGGGGAUAUCUACGGAUCUAACGGGCUGGAGGACCUGACUCGUCUGUACCCAAACACGUACACACACAGCACGCUGGCAACUGCUGAAGAGCUGGCGAGCAUAGGCGCGUACCAGAACCGGCUGGCAGCUGUGGACUACACUGUGGCGGUGCAGAGCGAUGUGUUUGUGUACACGUACGAGGGGAACAUGGCUCGGGCUGUGCAGGGGCACAGAAGGUUUGAAGGACAUAGGAGGACCAUCAUCCCCAACAGGUGA